CGGAGGUGAAGCGUGUCGGAGAUACUCUGCUGGGAAUGGCCACUCAGUGCGUGCAGGUGAAAAACGUGGUGAAAACGUCCCCUCAGACUCUGUCCAACCUCUGUCUGAAGAUCAACGCCAAACUAGGGGGCAUCAACAAUGUGCUGGUGCCACAUCAGAGGCCCUCGGUGUUCCAGCAGCCGGUGAUCUUCCUCGGGGCCGACGUCACGCACCCGCCGGCGGGCGACGGGAAGAAGCCCUCCAUCGCCGCAGUGGUGGGCAGCAUGGAUGGGCACCCGAGCCGGUACUGUGCCACGGUACGGGUGCAGACCUCACGCCAGGACCUGUCCCAGGAGCAGCUCUUCAGCCAGGAGGUCAUCCAGGACCUCACCAACAUGGUGCGAGAGCUUCUCAUUCAGUUCUACAAGUCCACCCGGUUUAAGCCCACGCGCAUCAUCUACUACCGCGGGGGGGUCUCUGAGGGCCAGAUGAAGCAGGUUGCCUGGCCAGAGCUGAUCGCCAUCAGGAAAGCGUGCAUCAGUCUAGAAGAGGAUUACAGACCAGGAAUCACAUACAUCGUAGUGCAGAAACGCCACCACACUCGACUCUUCUGCUCUGAUAAAGCCGAGAGAGUGGGGAAGAGUGGAAAUGUCCCAGCAGGCACUACAGUGGACAGCACCAUCACACACCCCUCAGAGUUCGACUUCUACCUGUGCAGUCAUGCUGGAAUCCAGGGCACGAGCCGCCCGUCUCACUAUCACGUCUUGUGGGAUGACAACUGUUUCACCGCCGACGAACUGCAGCUGUUGACGUACCAGCUCUGCCACACAUAUGUGCGCUGCACGCGCUCCGUCUCCAUCCCCGCUCCAGCUUACUACGCCCGGCUCGUGGCCUUCAGGGCCCGCUACCACCUCGUGGACAAAGAUCACGACAGCGCUGAAGGUAGUCACGUGUCCGGACAGAGCAACGGCCGAGACCCUCAGGCCCUGGCCAAGGCGGUCCAGAUCCACUAUGACACCCAGCACACCAUGUACUUCGCCUGACGCCGGCCAGCAGGAGGCGCUCUUCUACUUCUACACUCCCUCCUCUCUCUCUCUCCCUCUCUCUCUCUCUCCCUCUUCCUCUCCCUGUUUCUCUAUCGCGGUGUCGUCUGCAGCCAAGCAGUUCUGAAACUCAUCCCUCAAUCCAGGCGAAAUAUAGAAAUAUACCGGCCUCGGAAGAACCAACCUCUACCAGCAGUCCUGCACUGAGAGGCUCCUGGCCUCCAAUGCACAGAGAAAAAAAUCAAUUUGAGCCAUUUUUAACGUUUCCUUUUCUUGUUUUUGAUUUUGAAUGUUUUUAAUUUGUAAAAUACACUGAGUGUGAGCAAACCUGCGCCAUUGGUCAGGGCAGCUCUGGCUCUCUUUGCUAAGCUGGACUCUGUCUACUCUUACCUCAAGCCACCAUUGGCUGAAUCUUGUCACAUGACUAUUAGAGGGCGGGGCUUGCAUGUUUGGGGGGGGGGGGGGUACUUGUUUUGUCUCCUUUUUAUGGUCGUAUUUGGACUCUCCUCAGUCUUUUACAAACGAGGUGACCUGGGUAUACAUACCCAUUACCCGCUACCGUUUUGCGUGUGUGUGUGUGAAUGAGUGAGUGAGUGAGUGAGUGAGUUCACGUCUCAUGGCAGGCCACUGAAUUGUAAAGGGAAAUCUAGGAGCAAACUGCUGUAAAUGCCUCGUUUUUUUAUAUUAACACACACAAAGAUAUAUAAAAAAUAUAUAAAUAUUUACAACUCUAUAAGCAUAUUCCACUUGAUCUAACAGACUUUCAUAAGCUGAUGGUUUUGUGUAGCAGUAGCAUUACCCGUGGGCACGCCGGGCUCGGUUCUGAGACGGUUCGGAUGGUUAUUGUUUGACAGGGUUGAAAGGUAUGGCCAUUGCACAGUCACAGACUAGGCUUGCAACAUACAGCACUCUCCCUUCUUUUAUGCAUUUAUACAUAAGAUUCAAAUCAGAUUUGUAAGAGUUUAAUAUAAAUGUUUUUUUGUGGUAAACUUUAACAGUUUGUUAGAGUAGAUAACUGUCGUUCUUGUCGUUUUAAUGUUGAUAUUGAUCAGUUGUCUGAAAAUCGGUCGCGUAUCUAAUUAGGAGGCAUUGUGUUUUUUUUUAUAAAGCUUGAGUUGUUGUGGCGACGGUAAUGAGGGCCCAAAUCGCUUUGGUUUGUCCUUUUUCAUGUUCGAAUUUAUCAGUUUGAGUUUUAACUCCAAGUUAAUGGCAAGAAAGUGACAAAUCUGAACUUUUUAGGCAAUGUUCAGCAGUUGUAUGAAUUUUACACUUUAAGUGUGUUUAUUACUUAUCUCUCUCUCUGUGUGUGUGUGUGUGUGUAUGAAUUUGAAUCGAUGAUAUGAAUCGGAAUGAACUUUCUCUUGCAUAUUAAAGAUAGGACACCGUGCAUGAAGACACAGGAGCCUUUGGUUUGAGGGUUUCCAACGCGCACGCCUCGUCAGGGAGGAUGCUCUCCAAAAAACCUUUUGUAAUAAACCAUCCGUAAAGCAGCAGGUUUGCUAUGAAUGAGUUUGAGCGCCCGCCUGUCGUUGGCGUGAACGCUGGCCCCGUGGAAGGAGGAGGCGAGGGCAUCACAUGCAAUAAAUUGGAUUUAGGCAUCGAUAGGUUACUCAAAAGUCAUGGCUUCCAGAGAUUAGCGCGUUUGAACAGUGUACGUCCGUGUCCUUUUUUAGGCGGUUCGCUAAAUUGUUACAUGACCGUUUCUAUCAUGAUAUCAUUGCAAAGCAAUAUAACCCAAAAUCCAGAACAAUUUAAAAGCUGUAGUCGUCGUUGGAAUCUUAUUGCCGUUCGUUUAUGUACUUAUUUUGCUUGUAUCAAUCAGUGGGAAUGUGCAUAUGGUGGACUAGCUCUUUUAGGCUAUGUGGACAAAUGUUCAAAUUUAAACUGUGCUCGCCUGCAUGCCAGAGUAUUGUUAUGGAAUAUUUAUUAUGGCGCGGAAAUUUUGUUUUUUAUCUUAUUUUAUUUUUUAUGCGUAAAUCAAAUACAGUGAGACUGUUUCGAGUAGCGGUGUUGUCCGGGAUUUUUAAAGUUUUCUCUGUAAAUGUCAGUAACUCUGAGGGACAGAUGUGGGGGCUGAAAGGGGGAGGAUCUCGUCUUUGCGCGCCCGAACCCAAACGAGGUACUUUCUUCAAUCACCGGGCCACUAAGACGGACCUCCUCGCCCUUUCGUUCCGGUUCCCUCUUUGCUCUGUGGCGCCGCCCUGGUGGCUCCUCCACACUUCUCUCUGCGAAAGAAUUACCUCUUAACCUCUUGUUUUGUUUUUAAGCCAUUCUCUGCCCCACUUUAAAGAGCAUGAUUUUUUUUUAAAAUUCCUAUUUGAUAUAUAUAUGGCUUUGUUAUUUGAAAAACGUGUAUUGUAAUUUAAUUUUUUGUUUCUAUUACUGGUGUGUAGCUUUUUUUGUGCGGUUGUAUUCUCAUGUUCUGAGCUGUGUGAUUUGUCCGAUAGCAAUAGCGGGCACCGUUUCUUUGCCCUGCUGGGAACGCCUGUAGCUUCCCCCACUCGAGUGACCCGCCAGUUGCUGUAUUGCUUUGUGACAUUAAAAAAAAAUCUCCCUCUUUUUUUUUUUUUUUUUUAGCCUGCAGGGAAUAUUUGUGUUAUUGUGCAAAGUAAUAAAUUGGUAUUUUAUGCCUA